AUGGAAUUUGGUGAUUGUGGGAGUACAGUGAUCUUGGACCAGUCGAUGAUGAAACUAAAAACACUUCGUGUACGAUUUGAGCGAAUCUUUGAGGCGGCAAAAGUAGCCCAACAGCGUAUGAACAUGACUUCACAAUCCAUGUAUGUGGCGUUGCUAUUGUCUGAGAGGACGAACAUUCAGUGGCUACUUUUAUUCCGCUCGUUGGAAUAUCUGAUUGACGGACGAUAUAUGGUUGGUGCUCAUACUGUGCUUCAUCGAUUCUAUUCUUGGCAAACAAUCACAGUUGAUCCAGUUGAUCACUGGAAGAAUAACGUGGAUAAAAAAUCUCUCUCUAAAAUCUACUAUUUCGCACCCCUCGGGAAUUCGAAAAAGUGGGCGCUUACACAUUUUGACGUCCGAUCCCUUACAUUGGUUGGUUUGAGUUUUGAAAAAACCUUGUGGCAUCAACGAUCGGUGAUACAUCGCAAGAUUGACCAAUCAUCAUGGACGUUCAUGCUUCUCUUGGUGAGUGACUAUUCGGAUUUACCGCUGGAUUGCGGUGAUCCACCGACGACAUUCUCCUUGGAAUGGAUCACUCCGGAAACGGCGGUUGUUCUGGGAGCUAUCGAAUACAAGAUGGAAGAAAAAGAUUUUUUCUAA